AUGUUUCAAGAGUUAAUUUGGCGAGGAAGUCCUAAUGGACCAGAGGACCACUUCAAGGAUUGCAAGUUGGGCGCGCCGAACUUUGAUGCGUGCAUCCGCGAGGCGCUCAACUCCAUCCGGCCGUACUUCAAAACUGGCCUUCAAAAGUACAACGUCGAACCCUUUGAUCCCUUUUUCGCGAAGGAGGUGACUGUGAAACGCGGACUGCCCAACCUCGGCUUCACCAUCUGCUUGAGAAACGUCACGGAGAGCGGCUGGACCGCCAGUAAAGUCACCAAAUUCGUCAGCGACCUGAAAAAUUACAAGGUGGUGUACACGCAGAGUUUUCCAGACAAAUUUUUGUCCGGCGAUUACGAAGUGACUGGUGCCGUUUUGGGUUCGAAGAUGAAAAACAAGGGAAAGUUCACGUUAGCUCUUUACGAUCUCGUGCAGACGACGACAAUCACCAAGGAGCCGGGCGCUAAAGUCAAAGUACGGGUGGAAGUGGAGACCAUCCGCGAUCUCAAGCUCCACAUAUCGAAUCUGCUGGCCGGUCGUGAAUUCCUGGAAAGGAUACUCGAUCGGAUCAUCAAUGGGGCUUGGCAGCCCGGUUUCACCGUCACGAGGCCCAUCAUCAACGACCUCGUCUCGGUCGCCUUCACCGACAUUUUUGGCAGAGCCUUCCAAAACUUCCCCUUCGAAAGGGUCAUCGGAAAAUCAAACAAUUUGCUGUAAAAUCUGCCGUAUGCGGUACGCUUCGUGCCA